AUGGCACAUGUAACGUAUAAUAUUUCAAACCUGUUACCUCUGGAUCUAAAACAUUGUAAUGGCGAAGAUAAGAUGUAUACCUGGUUACAAACGCGACUCGAGGACUUAGUCUCUGAUAACAAGAGCCGGCUUGCUAUUCAAGUGUUGCAUAAGCGACUCAAACGAGAUUUAAUUGCAGACAUAACCGGACUGUUUGGGUCAGGGUAUUCCAUCAUAAACAGUUAUAGAAUAGCAAGACAAUCCCAGUAUACAACCUGGGUGGCUAAUCAAGUAGCCACCGGCUUCAAACACCUCUCGAAUAGCAAUGAGAACCUCAUCAAAGCAGUAAAAUCAGAAGCUCAAACCCUUCGAACAAUUAGCGCAGCCCUCUUUAACCAGACACAAUUCCACGAGCGUGAUGUAGCCUGUCGCACAUAUGCGCAAGAUUUGUUUACAGCAAGGCAGGAAAUAUUGGACCUACGUCUUAAAAAAAAAACUCCAAGGCAUGCUCUUAAUGACCUGAUUGGCAAACUUGAAUUAGAGAAAUGGAUGAAAUCAUAUAUAAGAGGAACUCUGAAAUAUUCAGAAUUACUAACCUUUUUAAUGAUGCAUACUGGUACUAAAUGUAUGGCGCUAAAGAAAAUUGCUUCCGUAAUGGACUCUCCAGAUGUCAGACGUGGAGAUGCAGCUGCCUUUGAGAGGUUUGUGCUCCAGGUCCAGUCACUGGUGGGAAUGCUGAAGACUUUAGGCCCAGAGGGAGAGGCUGAGCUGCAGUGUCGCUCACAGGUGGCCCGCCUUCUCAGCAAAUUACCACCUGAGCAGAGAGCAGAGUUCCGGCGUUAUUGGCUGAAGUAUGAGUCCUGGUGUCAAGAUGUUGAUGGACAGCUACCUUCCAAGGGGACCAAAGGUAGACCUGUGUUCAAGGGUGACAGACAAUCAAACAAGCGGCUUGCCACAGUCCUCCAUGGGGCUAAAGACAGCCUUGGAAGACAUCUACGGGUUUUACAUGAGGUCAACGUCAGGGCCUCAAAGGGAGCGGUGAAGCCUAUUGUGGAGGGGGACUCGGGCUUCAAGGAAUACCUGAAGGUCUCCCACUACGCACCAUCAGGCUGGACACUCCAAGGCCCUGCAAAGCUGGUCCGUCAGCUCAUCCAGCCACAACAGUGUCUCAUGACCUCCGUGGCCCCCCAAGUGAAUGAGCUGAUGAAUCACAUAGAGAGAUUAUGGCAGCUGGACACCAUUCCAUUUAGGAGUGAAAAGUUAGUGACCCGCUCCAAGCAGGAUCUUGAAGCCAUCAGCAUCCUUAAAUCCAAGACUACCCGUGUAGAACUGAACGGUAUACUUCGAUACGCAACCCCACUGCUCCGGCGGAAGAACAUGCCCCGCCUCCAAGCACCCAGGGAAGCUGUUAUGCCAAGCCUGGGAAGCAUAGAGAGGAGACUCAGUAGGGACCCUGAGAAAGCCACUGCCUACAAGGAAGAGAUGGAGAAGCUCAUAAAGGCAGGGAGAUUCAUCGCCCGGAGAGGAACACCAGCUGAGCUGUUUUCUGAUCAGGGAACAAACUUCCGAGGAGGGGAGAGGGAACUUCGUGAGGCCUUUGCAGCAUUAUCUCCUGACUUACAGCAACACCUGGCAAAGCAGAAAAUCCUCUUCCACUUUAACCCUCCAGCCGCUCCACAUUUCGGAGGGGUAUGGGAGCGGGAGAUCCGGUCCAUUAAGGCGGCUCUGAUCACUACAGUUGGGGCUCAGCCUGUCCCAGAAGAAGUCUUUCGGACAGCGCUCAUAGAGGUCGAAGCGAUCUUUAACUCGAAGCCCCUUGGUUAUGUUCCAUCAGAUGUGAACGAUCUGGACCCAAAAUCAGACCCAGCAACUUGGGAUAGUGAUCGUAACAGCAGUCUCCACUUCAGUUGUACAGGAUUCUUUGUAACCUUUUCUUUAAGUAAUCCAGGCCAGGUAUGGCCUAAUUCGACUACCAUACGAUCCCUGGGAACCAUAGUAAAAGACCAGGUAAUUAAGUGGGACCAUCGUAUGGGAUGCAUGACUCUGAAAGGGACUGAAACCUUAGUUAAUACUCGUGCCUGUUGCCACGAGACCACGCAUAUCAUAUCAUUUGCACCUGCAACACUUCAGCCCUUUUCACAUAACGACACAAAACUCAUCAACAUACACUCACUACAUGGACACGCAGAAGCAGUUCAAGUCUCACAUACACAAUGGUGUGUUGUCAGUGAAAUGGACUCAUUCAUCUAUGAAGGCCUUACCUGCCCUGCAAAUCACACUUUCUGCCUGGAGGUAACCGAUGACUUCACCAUGGGUCACAUCAACAUUCUGGGGAGAGUACCAUUAGAUGUUGAUGUCUCCCCAUGGUGGGACGACACCUUUUAUGAUGAAGACACGCGAACCAUGACCGAAACCAUGGAUUUAGUUCAACAGGUCAUUCUACAGAUUGACUACCACCUCCAUCAGGCGCAGGUGCCGGCCAAUUUAACAAAGAAAACUGUACAUAUCCUGACCAGCGCAUCCACACGUUCAGCGCAGUAUAUCUGCUUAUGGUGGGACUGGAUGUUUCGGAUAUGCGUUAUCGCCAGUGGCUUUAUCUUCAUCAUCACCAGACUCCAAUUCUGCUACCUCCGACAUCACAUCAAGAUUCUCAAAACAUCUACCAAAAACGCCUUCAUCCCUAGCCCUCUCCAGGUACAACCCGUACAGAGGUUGGAGACUUCUGGGACCUAGGAAAUGACCCCUCUGGGACAAUGGUCUGCCCCAAGGGGCCAAGGGGGGAACUGUAAGGACAUAAAACUUAUAGGUCUGCAGGCCCCAACACUGAUCAGCCUGUAUCAGUCUAUUUCAGAACUCCAAGAAAAGGAUCUUCUGGCCCAAGAGAAAUAUAGAAACUUCGGCUAAACCCACCAAACUGAGAGAGCCUCUCACAUGGUACAACAAGGGAAUUACGACCGCUUCCUAAAGUGAUCUGAUUGGUUGGGGACUUGAAAACCAAGAUCAGCAAUGCCCCUAAAAUUAACCAUUGACCGAAAUUGGUCAGUCUUCAGAGACAUGCCAUCACCUGGUUUGGAUACUUAAGGAAGGGCCUCAGAAGAUGUCGGAGAGUCACUCUGUAAUCAGAGCUCCCACAGAGAACUGCGCGAAAGUCCAUCUGUAGUCAGAUACUUUCCGCAGAACUUUGUGCACUCUCAGCUGAGGAAUGUGAUUGUUUAGUAUUGUAUUUGU